GCUGUGGCCUCCCGAAGUGCUAGGAUUACAGGUAUGAGCCACCAUACCCAGCUGAGAUCUGAUGGUUUUAUAUGUGUUUGACAGUUGCUCCUUCACAUGUUCACACUCUCUGUGUGGCCACCAUGUAAGACGUGCCUGCUUCCCCUUCUGCUAUGAUUGUAAGUUUCCUGAGGCCUCCCCCAGCCAUGCGGAACUAUGAGUCAGUUAAACUUUUUCUUCCUUUCAUAAAUUACCUAACCUCAGGUAUUUCUCAGAAUCAGUGUGAAAAUGGACUACUACCCUUUCUGAUAAUCAUGCUUGAGGAUUUGGGGAAUUCAGACUACCUGGGAUCAAAUCAUAGCCCCACCCUGAGCAGUCAUGUGACCUUGGGAAAGUUACUUACCUUUCCCAUCCCAACUUCUGUAAAAUCUGUAAAAUGAGAUUGUUUCUGAGGGUUAAAUGAACAGAGCACAGUGGGGACACUGUCAGGUACAUACUGCUUGCCAGAUAUUGAGUAUUCAUCUUUAUUGAGUUAGGACUGUGAUACCCCACUUUAUGGCUCUUGAUUUUGUAUGACAAAGUCAUGGUUAGUGCUUUGUUAGUAAAAGAAAGAAAAUCCGAAAGUCCCUGCCAUGGAAGGAAGAAACAGAGGGGGGAAGGGAGCGGAUAAGCUUCAGCAUUUCAGAGCUUGGAAGGACAAGUUAGACUUCUAUUUCAUGGAGAAGGAGGUGGAGGCAGGUUGGGUCCUAAGGUGUCAUUCAAAACACACAGCCAUAAUGCUUUAGUGAGAGUAGAGCUUGGGUGCCAGGGAUUGCUGUGGUCAAGUUGCAGACAAAAACUACCACUCAUUGGAAGACAGGAGAGGAGCAUCUCAUUACAAACACAAUCAACAAACAAUUCACAUGUAUCUACAUUCAGUCAGCAAAUACAAGUUGUCCAACUUGGUUGCUAAUGGGACCCACUCUACUGACAGAGGCUUCAUAUAGAACUCAAAGGGUAAGAUGGCUUCCAGUAACAAACCACUGGGUGCUUUUCUUAGGACUAAAAAGCUCAGGAAUCUGGUGAUGAAUGAAAACCUCAGUCCCACUGGCACUACAUGAGGAGCCAGGAGAGCAGCAGCAUUAUAAGCCACAGAGUGGGGCAGCCCAGGCAGGGGCAUUCUGAGCUGUGGGGGAGGGCAUUGUGGCAGUUAGGGUAGGGCAUUGUGAGGUGUGGGGUGGGGCAUUGUGAGUCACAUGCCUGGAUUCUCACCUGGGCCAAUGGGCUUCAGUCUGUAAUAACUGCAGAAGGAGGAGGAGUUCCUCUGUCUUUACUCUCUUCAGGCAGUUGUUGUGGUCUCUCAGCGCUUGUUGGGUUCACAACCUACUAAAUAAGCCGGCUGGUCUUCACCUUCCUAGACAAGUCAACUCAGAGGAGGUGGCAGGGGCGAGUCUUGGCUCGAGUCCCAGCUGGGGCCAGGCUGUGGGGUGGGCAGGCGAGCAGCGGGUGAUACCAUCUCUGCAAGUGCAGCAUAGCCUCAGCCUAGGGCAGCGGGAGUGUGUGGCCAAUGCUGUGAGCAGAAGCACAGGUGGUGGCAGACAGGAAUAGAGGCGCUCAUGGGGAAUGUACUGAGCUGUUGUGUGCACCCCAAGGUGGAUGAGCACCAGGGGCCAGUUUCUUCCCAUGAGUCUGAGAUCUAUGAGGCAGCAGUUGGGGACAGAAUGGCAGGAGCACCAGUGAGUCCCAUUGUAGCCCCUGCUGAAGUGACUUUUGAAGCUGGUGAGGACCUCCACGUGCACCACAUCCAUGACCGGGAGAUGCGUGAAGAUAUGGCUUUGGAGUCCGACCCUUCUAACCAUCCAGAAGCAAGGAAAUCUCAAACAGAUGCGCACGAAAAAAGACAAAGCAGCUAUGCAAACCAUGUUUCUACUGAGCAUUUACCUCAAUUAUAUAGUUCAUGCUCCACCAUAUUCAUUGAUGACAGCACAGCCAGCCACCCUCAUCUUACAAUGCCACUAAACUCUGUGGCCUUGGAGAUAUAUUAUCAUAUCAAGCAAAGAGAUGCCGAUAGAACUUUGGGCAUCUUUGAUGAACGGUUACACCCAUUUACACAAGAAUGGCUUCUGGAGGAAUACUUUAAGUAUGAUCCUGGACACAAAUUGAUUUUCACAUUUCUUCGUACUCUAUUUAAAGCCAAAAGGCUAACAGCUGACUUGGCAAUCAGAAGUUUGGUAUACAUCGAAAGACUUAUAAGUUAUGCCGAUAUCAACAUUUGUCCAACCAACUGGAAGAGGAUUGUCUUCGGAGCCACUCUUCUUGCCGUCAGGGUUGGGCACAAUGUGGCUGUGUGCCAUGAGCACUACUGCAAGCUCUUUGAGAACAUUACAGUUGAUGAUAUGAAUGAGUUGGAAAGGCACUUUGUGGAGCUAAUUGAUUUUAAUAUCAGCGUUGCUGGCAGCAUUCAUGGCAGAUACUACUUCGAUCUUCGUGCCUUGGCACACAAGCAUGGCCUGUAUUUGCCAGUUUACCUUCUUCAGAGAGAAAGAGCAUGGAAGCAGGGGGCUUUUUCAAGGAUGGAACAAGACAAAGUCUUCUAUACUACUGACAAAAUUGGGUCUUUCAGUGUUGAUGAUUUAAUUCGUCUUCAGCAUGCUAAGGCCAUCCUCUCCUGAAGGAAGAAAUGAGGGGUAAUGUAACAUCUGAACCCCUCAUCAAAAAAGACAGGAA